AAGGAGGAAAACCCAACCCAUUUGUAGGUGUGCGAAUCAUUGAAUGAUAUGAGGGAACAAACUGAAGAUCUGAUAGCUUUUGAGAAGAGACUCACAGAAUGUGUCGGCUAUAUGGAGAACAAGUCCACUAAAUGGAGAGUUAUAAUGGUUUUUUCAGUUAUCUUUGUUCUGUUCUCGGUGUGGAAAGCAUGGAGAGAUGAAACAAGAUAUGAUACUGUUGUUGAUUAUUUUUGGGCACACAAAGCAUUGUCAGUGAGCAUAGCUAUUCUCUUUCUCCUCUGUCUGUUUGGUGGGUUCCAGAAAAGCAGAGGAGCUAAAGUGGUAACCCAAAGAUGUAGGAAUGUAUUAAGAAACUAUAACAUGUCGUGUGAUGAGCAAGGGAAGCUAAUAUUGAAAAGACCAACAAGAUGACCUAAGAAUUGAAGCAAUUAAUGCAAUGAAGCACACAUUCAAAAUGACACUUAAUAAGAGAAAGAAUCAUCACUCUAUUUUUUGUAUUUUAUAAUUAUUACAAAGAACAUUAUAUAAUUAAUGACAAGUAUUUUCAACUCAAUCAUA